GUGACAACAGACACAAGUUUGUUUUAGCAGAAAUGAAAUCAGUCUUUGGGAGUAAGUGGACAAAUGUUUUAUUUCUACACAUCUUCACCUAUAGUUCUAUCGCAAAACUAAAUCAAUGACUACUGGAAUGGGAUGGAUGGAGCACCAUUAAGCUUUUGGCAUGAGAAAAUUGUUGGAAAACAUGAGAACCACGAAACUUGUUGCAGUAUAUAUUCUUAUUUGCGUCAUUUCCCCAUUAAGUGCAUUUUCUAUGAGGAACUGUACUCUCAGAACUUCCCAAAAUGAGAGUGAACCAAAAGUGCUUUGCUACAAAAUGGGUUUCUACAGAGUUCCUUCACUGCUACUCAAAAAUGCCCAGGUUCUAGAUAUUUCCUUCAAUGCUAUUUCACAAAUCAAAAUAGGAGACUUUAAGGAUUUGUCAGACUUAAGAUAUUUGAAUAUAUCCAACAACAAGAUCUCAUGGAUUGAAGAGGGAGCAUUGGACAGUCUUUCCAACUUAACCUAUCUUAAUCUAGCGCACAACCAAUUGAACAGAAUUUCAGGUGGUGUCCUGGACAGUUUGACCAACCUGCUGGAACUGCAUCUUUAUGAUAAUGACAUUGAAGACAUUCAGGAGUCUGCCUUCAGUAACCUUCAAAAUUUAAAGGUACUGAACCUCACGAAAAACAACCUUCGGUAUAUAGAUCGAGUCAAGCCUGUUCUCACCUCAGUAAGUUUGGAGGAGUUGUAUAUUGGAAGCAACAAUUUCGAAGUUUUCAACUCGUCGGAAAUAUCAAUUAAGCCCUUAUCGUUGACGAAAAUCGAUUUUUCCGACAACCCUUUGAGUUCAUUUCGGCUAACUGAAAAUAUCUUUCCCACUCUCAAUCACCUUGACUUGUCUCAGUGUGGUCAUAAUGGAAAGAUGGUUUGGAACGUUCCAGAAAAAUCAUAUUUGGCCUCCGUAAAAACAUUAUACUUGACCGAUGUUAACAUGUCAUCUCAAAACAUAGCUGCGGUGCUUCAGACCUUCAAGAAUUCACUGAAUAAAAUCAGACUUAAGCAAAACGUCAAGUUUAACAAGGUAGCACUUCUGCAAAACGCGUGUUCUCCUAUGCUGAGGGUUUUACGACUAGGUAGGAAUAAAAUAACCAACCUUACCGAACACAUGUUUGAUCCCUGUUCUAAUCUGACGGAAUUAGACUUAAAAGACAAUGAAAUUACUCAGUUAUCACCAAGCACAUUCAGAGGUUUUACCCAACUGGAAAUACUGCAUUUGGCACUCAAUAAACUAACCCAAAUAACAAACACCUUUCAAAUGCUCUCAACUCUUGAGUUCAUAAACCUCAGCAGAAACCGCAUCGACAAACUGCUCUGUUACGAUUUCGCCAAUUUAACACGGUUAAAAACAUUGUACUUGUAUGGUAACAAAAUUUCAUACAUCAAACAAUGUCAUUUCAAAGACCUGAAAAGUCUUGAGGUCCUCAUGCUGGGAACCAACAACAUAUUAAAAAUUGGCGAUGCUUUCAAAAAUGGCCCUCAUUCCCUGAAGCUCCUGCAGUUGACUUUUAAUAAGCUGAACGCAAUUGAAAAAGACACUUUUAGGAAUUUAUCAGAACUGAAUACUUUGGAAUUACAAGACAAUCAGAUUUCAAAGAUUGAAGCCUAUGCAUUCAGAGGAUUGAUGAAUUUAAACUCUCUGAAACUAUCAUCGAACAAGAUAUCAGCACAAACCUUGAGACAAGCUAACGUGUUCUCUGGCAUGCCCAACCUUCAUAAUCUAGAUUUGUUUUCCAAUAGUAUCUUAUUUACUGAUAAUAAAUUGAAAAACCCUCCCUUUAUAGAACUGAAGACGCUCAGGAAAUUGAGCAUAUACAGUCAACAUCGAGGAAUUGGCAAAGUGCCGUCGAAUCUUCUCAAAGGCUUGUCUUCUUUGAAGAUGUUUUACGGUGGAAACAUGAAUCUUUUACAUCUAAGUCCCAGCACAUUCAAGUUUACCCCUAAACUCUGGUAUUUGGAACUCUCUAAGAAUGCUUUCUCGGAUGACAACGCCCUCCCUGCUGAGCUUUUCCAUCCCAUCUCAGGGCUAGACAAACUAAUUCUCUCGAAAACUCAGCUUCGGUCACUAAACUUCCUGCUGGAUGCCAAUCUCUCAAACCUACAUAUGUUAAGAGCAUCGAGCAACGAGAUUGACGCCGUAAAUGAAACUUUAAUUCAUUCUCUGCCCAAUUUGAAAUUCUUAGACUUGCAGAAAAAUACGUUUACUUGUGACUGUAACAACGCCUACUUCAUCGACUGGGCCAUAAAGAGUAAUUUCACUCAGGUCAUUUAUUUAAACCAGUACGUCUGUAGCUAUCCUCCUGCUUUGCGAGGUACAAGCUUAUCCGAUUUCAACACAGAAUCCUGUACAGUGAAUAUCGACUUCAUCUGCUUCUUUUGCAGCAGUGUUGUGGUCACCGUAACGCUCCUCUUGGCUUUUUUCUGGCAAUUUCUGCGCUCACAAGUAGUUUAUGCGUAUUACCUCCUCUUAGCCUUCCUGUAUGACAACAAGAAGAAGAAGGUGGACCACCAACAAGAGUUUAUUUAUGAUGCCUUUAUUUCCUACAACAUCCACGAUGAGCCUUGGGUCAUGGAGAAACUUCUACCAGAAUUAGAGGGAGACCAAGGCUGGAAACUGUGCUUACACCACCGGGACUUUGAACCAGGAAAGCCAAUCAUGGAUAACAUCAUCGAUGGAAUAUACAGCAGCCGUAAGACCAUCUGCGUGAUCACCAGAAACUACCUGAAGAGCAACUGGUGUUCCAGUGAGGUUCAGGUGGCUAGCUUCAGGUUGUUUGAUGAGCAGAGAGACGUUCUGAUCCUGGUUUUCCUGGAGGACAUUCCUACGCAUCAGCUGUCGCUGUACUACAGGAUGCGAAAGCUGGUGAGAAAACGAACCUACCUUCGCUGGCCCAAACCUGGAGAAGAUACCAGGAUUUUUUGGCAAAAGAUGAAAAUGGCUUUGGAUACCAAAGAGGAUCCCAAAUCAGAGAGACUUUUAUCUCUUUGCUAAGCAAAGACUGGAUUUGUAAAAUUUCAAUUAACAUUUAUAUUUUUAAUUGUUCAAAAUAUAUAUUUUUUUAAUUGUUAUUUUGUAUAUUUUUUACUGUUAAAGGAAUAGUUCACCUAAAAAUGAAAACUACCCUGUAAUUGACCUUAAUGCAAUCCCAGGAGUACAUGACUUCUGUUCUUUAGUCAAACACAAUCAUAUAGACAAGUUAUAGAUAUUAAAUAAUACCGUGGCUCUUUCUAGCUUUAUAAUGCAAGGAACAUUUGGCAGAUGCAUUUAUUUAAAGUGACUAACUGUGCAUUGCAAAAUAAGUAUUUUUUAUUAGUUUGUAUGUUCCUUGGGUUGCAGCUUUUGACCUUUUGCACUAGUAAUGCCUUCCAUGGAGCUAUACAUUCUCAGAGAAAAGGUAGAAGAAGGUUCAAAAGUUGUCACUGGGGUGGUACCAUUUCAAAAAGUACACUGUUGUACCUCAAAGUUGCAUAUUGGUACCUCAAAGUUGCUUAUUGGUACCUCACAGUUGCAUAUUGGUAUCUUAAAGUUGCAUAUUGGUACCUCAAAGUUGCUUAUUAGUACCUCAAGGCGCAAAUUGGUACCUUAAAAGCGCAUAUUGGUACCUCAGAUGGGCAUAUUGGUACCUCAGAGGGCCAUAUUGGUACCUCAAAAGCGCAUAUUGGUUCCUCAGAGGUGCAUAUUGGUACCUCAAAGUUGCAUAUUGGUUCCUCAAAGGUGCAUAUUGGUACCUCAAAAGCGCAUAUUGGUUCCUCAGAGGUGCAUAUUGGUACCUCAAAGUUGCAUAUUGGUUCCUCAAAGGUGCAUAUUGGUACCUCAAAGUUGCAUAUUGGUACCUCAGAGGUGCAUAUUGGUUCCUCAAAGGCGCAUAAACCAAAAUGGUACAUACCAGGACCUUUUUAAAAGGUACCAUCCCAACUUUUGUACCUUUUCUGAGCACAGUUAUAUGCGUGAACCAACAUGCGUGAACCAGUGAUCAUCUUUUUUAAAUAAUCCACUAUUUAUCAUUUGCAUAAAAUUGAACUUUUCUCAACUUUGUCAUGGCGGUGGACAUGCCCCAUCUGGUCGCGAACGGUCCAUUUUCUGUUUAAUUUCAACAAAAGCAAACCUCAUCAGUGACAUAAAGUCACCCAACAACAAAUGUAAAGGACUAAGAGCAUGACAAGACCCAUGAAAGAUGUGACUAAAUAUCAGGGUGUUUUUUUUACCUUUUAGAUUUUUCCUAAAACACAUUAGUAUUUUGUUGUUAAGAAAUUAAUUUGAACUUGUUUUCGCUGCAAUAUUGAAGAAAACACAGCAUCUUUUUUGUUAUUUUGACCAUGUUUUCACCAUUUCAAUUUUCAGUAAGUAAAUGCAAAUAAAAACAGUAUUUUUAUCAAGAAUUUGGCAGAAAUGUUGUCAGUAGUUGACAGAAUGAAACACUUAAAGACAUACCUAUAAAUAGUAAAUCUAGAAAAACUGAAAGGGUCUCUUAAGUUUAUUAUAUAAAACCAAAGAUAACAUUAUUUUAUGUAGAAACUGCCAUUAAUUGCUUCACCAUACUUCUCAUAGGAAGUAGCGAAAUGUUUGCUUAUUUGAACAACAAAUCAGGUUUCAAGGGUUGGGUUGACGUAUUAAAUUUUGUGGUGAACUAUUCCUUCAAAGUAAGAGUGACAAUGAAACAUUAUUGAAUUUUUUUUUUGCUGAUGAUUGAAUUACAUUUCUGACAUUUUUAGCAUCAAUUUCAAAUGCAGUGUAAUCUCACAUAAUGAACCGUAUUCUUUAGUCAGCAUGUUUAAAAACUGUCCAAGUCGAGACCUAUGAGGUCAUUGUGGGCUGAUAUGUGGGCCCACACACUGGACCCCCUAAUAGUCAGACACGGGGGUGAAAAGGGCCAAUAUUAUACAGUUUCAUUUUUAUUCUUCAUUUAUACCUCACAGUGUUUGCAGAGGUUACCUGUACAUUAUGAAAGGUCACAUUAUACAUUUUACCACAUCAUUAAACAUGAUUACAAUUAUUAACAUGCUGUUAUGGAGGUGUGGGAGGAGAGCAGGAGUAAACUCAGCUUUUCCUCUUCCUGUCAUCCUGACCUUUGACACCAAUGGGUGUCCACCAGUAGCUGACAUAAGAUCUAUCUGGAGACCUGUUGAGAAGAACAUACCCCCACAUUCUCUACUCCACGCCUCCACGAUGUCUCUCUUUGUGUAUUUCUCAGCAUGUGGCCACUGUUGCUUCUUGAAGAUUCUUCAAGAAGGUCUUUUUCAGAUUUCAAAUGAACUACAGUUACAACAUAAUCGAUUUUACGAAUCAAGAAGACCUGAUUAUCUGCAGCUGUUAUCGUAAUAAUGUGUUUGUGGUCCAGAUCAAUGUUCUCUUGUUGGUAAAAGCACCAUUGUUCACAUAUGAACCAGAACACAAGGGCUUCAGAAACCUUAGCAGCAGGAUUUCCUCUUUCAUUUUAUUACCUGAAGGACCAUGUAAGAGAGAAUGUGAUGCUCAGCAUAUUCUUUGUUUUUUGUAUUUCUUGACUGGACAACUGUAGAGUCAAGGAAUGAACUGUGUGCUACUGUAAUUUGGAUUUGGUCUGAAUAAUCUCCUUUGUGUGCGUGUUAGUUGUCUGUGUAUGCUCAGUCUGAUGGAUCAAUAUCAGGACACAGAGUAAAGGGCUCAAACUACUGAGAUGCAUCUAUGCUUUUGAGAUGCUUUAUUUCAUUUUUAUUUCAUUUAAUAAUCUUUUUUGUUUUGUUUUGUUCCUGUUUCUUAAUUCUGAGGGAAUACAAAUACUGACAGAAAUGUAUAGCUUCAAUGAACUGUAAGAUGAAAGCAUACAAAUGUAGCUUGAUAAUUUUUUUUUAUGUAUACUUCCAGGUUUUAAUUAAAAAUAUAAUCUGUUAAUUAAAUAAAUCAUUUUAUUGUAGUCUCAUGCACUGUAAAUAAAAUGCAGCAUGAUGUUAAAACAACUUGAUUUUGCAUGUCAAUUCAAACUACUAUUUUAAGUUUUGUCUGUAAAAAGUUCACAUAACUUAUAAAAUCAAGUUGAAAUUGUUGAACUUCAUUUAAGUUAAAGUUGAUAUCAUGAAAUUCUGCUU